GUGACCCACUCACGCCAAGCCGCCUCCUAGCCCUAAACCCUUCCGUCCCGAUGGCGUCCUCCCCGCCGCCGCCGCCGAAGCUGCCGAUCCCCGGCCGCCGCAACAUACUCAUCACCAGCGCGCUUCCGUAUGUCAAUAAUGUCCCCCACCUCGGGAACAUCAUCGGCUGUGUGCUCAGCGCCGAUGUGUUCGCGCGGUACUGCCGGCUCCGGGGUUACAACGCCAUCUACAUAUGCGGUACUGAUGAGUACGGCACGGCCACCGAGACGAAGGCCAUGGAGGAGAAGUGCUCGCCCAAGGAGAUCUGCGACAAGUACCAUGCUAUUCAUAGUGAAGUUUACAAGUGGUUUAACAUAAAAUUUGACAAGUUUGGACGCACGUCCUCUCCUGAGCAAACAGAAGUCUGCCAUGCAAUUUUCCAUAAAUUAAUGGAAAACAAUUGGCUCACAGAAAAUACUAUGCAGCAGCUUUACUGUGAUACAUGUCAAAGAUUUUUGGCUGAUCGGCUUGUUGAAGGAACAUGCCCAAACAAAGUCUGUAAUGCAGCAGCACGUGGAGAUCAGUGUGAAACAUGCAGCACCUUGUUGAAUCCAACCGAACUGAUUGACCCGAAGUGUAAGGUUUGUAAGAAUACUCCACGUGUUCGUGACACAGAUCACUUAUUCUUGGAGCUUCCUCUGUUAAAAGACAAGUUGGUAAACUACAUCAAUGAAACUUCAGUAGCUGGUAUGUGGAGUCAAAAUGCUAUUCAAGCAACAAACGCAUGGCUGAAGGAAGGGCUAAAGCCGCGCUGCAUCACCAGAGAUCUUAAAUGGGGUGUCCCUGUACCUCACGAGAAGUAUAAAGACAAGGUGUUCUAUGUUUGGUUUGAUGCACCUAUUGGUUAUGUGUCUAUUACGGCGUCAUAUACACCUGACUGGGAGAAGUGGUGGAAGGAUCCUGAUAAUGUAGAAUUGUUCCAGUUUAUGGGCAAAGAUAAUGUGCCAUUUCACACGAUCAUGUUCCCUUCAACACUACUUGGAACUGGGGAAAAGUGGACAAUGAUGAAGACAAUAAGUGUUACUGAAUAUCUAAAUUAUGAAGCAGGUAAAUUCUCCAAGAGUAAAGGUAUAGGAGUCUUUGGUAAUGAUGCAAAAGAUACAAAUAUUCCUCCUGAAGUAUGGCGAUACUACCUGCUUAUGAAUCGCCCUGAGGCAUCAGAUACACUCUUUACUUGGGCUGAUUUGCAAGCCAAAUUGAACAGCGAGUUGCUGAACAACUUGGGGAACUUCAUCAAUCGCGUGCUAAGUUUUGUUGCAAAACCAGCUGGAGCAGGAUAUGAUUCUAUUGUACCUGAUGUUCCUAAUGCGGAAUCACAUCCAUUGACAAAGGCAUAUGCAGAAAAAACAAGUAAAUGGGUUGAGCAAUAUCUCGAUGCAAUGGAAAAGGUUAAACUGAAACAAGGACUGAAGUGUGCAAUGGCCAUUUCUAGUGAUGGAAAUGCGUAUCUGCAAGAGAGCCAGUUUUGGAAACUUUACAAGGAAGAUUCAGCAGCAUGUGCGAUUGUGAUGAAAACUUCACUUGGUCUUGUGUACCUCCUUGCCUGUCUGCUGGAGCCUUUCAUGCCCUCCUUCUCUGAGGAAGUGUUACGUCAAUUAAACUUGUCCCCUGAAGAAAACCUGUCUUUCAGUGAAGAAAAAGGAGAAAUUGCAAAGGCAAAAUCUCCUUGGGAUUUUGUACCAGCAGGGCACAAAAUUGGAAAGCCUGCUCCUCUAUUCAAGGAAUUGAAAGAUGAAGGCGUAGCUCUCCAUAGAGAAAAAUAUGCAGGUAGCCAAGCUGAGAGAAGCUCGAAAGCAGCAGCUGAUGCUGAAGCCAGCAAAGUUGCUAACCAGCUCAAGGGCACGAAAUUAUCUGAUGGAGGUCCAAAGAAGGAACAAAAGAAACAAUCUGGUGGUUCAAAAUCAAAGACAGCAGAGGCAGAUAUUACCGUUGCAAAAUUGGAUAUUCGAGUAGGGCUUAUCAGAAAAGCAGAGAAGCAUCCAGAUGCCGAUUCCCUUUAUGUAGAGGAGAUCGAUGUUGGGGAGGACACACCAAGAACAGUGGUCAGUGGUCUCGUGAAAUUCAUACCUCUUGAAGAAAUGCAGAAUCGGAAAGUCUGUGUUCUUUGCAACCUGAAACCGGUGGCAAUGCGCGGUAUAAAAUCACACGCCAUGGUUUUGGCUGCAUCAAAUGAGGACCACACGAAGGUUGAGUUGGUGGAGCCACCAGAAUCUGCCGCCGUGGGGGAGCGCGUCACCUUCGCUGGGUACUCGGGGGAGCCCGAGGCUUCCCUCAGCGGCAAGAGCAAGACGUGGGAGAAGCUGGCCGCCGAGCUGCACAGCAACGGCGAGCUCGUGGCGUGCUACAAAGACGUGCCCUUCACAACCUCGGCCGGAGUCUGCAAGGUGAAGACAAUAGCGAACGGGGAGAUUCGCUAGGCACAUGGCCGGACUGCAACCCAGCUGACCGAAUCUGUCUGGUUUCAUUGGAAGUGAUUGUACCUGAUAUCCAUUUUCGAAAAUUUUGGCAUUGCCAUUUGAAAAUUUGUAUUUUGAGUAAAACCAGUACAGAUGCUCCAAAGCAACCAUGAUUUAAAAGAAUGUUUUCUAAUGCCA